AGGCCCCGGCGGCUGUGGGGGCUGUGGCCGCGGCGGGUCCGGGGGGCGGCGGCCUGGUCCUGCGCUCGCCCCUGAGAGGCUGCGAAUAGCCGUUCAGGGUCGAAGUGCUACUAGUUUUUCCCUCUUAAAUUAUUGUUUAUUUAUUUUUUACAUAUCGAACAUCAUGUCCGUGUGUCUCAGUCAGUAUAGAUUCUCGUUAAUUAAGGUGCCGAGAGAAAUCUCUUGAUGGCUGAUCAAGGUUUUCCCAGCUCAUACCAGAGAACUGACUUUUUCUCUUGAAACUGGGAUAUGCGCUCAGGUUUUGGCUCUUGGAACUGCUGUUUGUCAUGGCUUCAGGCACUUGUGGUAGGCAGCAUUAUAGGAUCACUGAUCAAGAAACUAAUGGAAAAACCUCAACUGCCAGUUCGAAUGACUUCAGUGAUCCAGUUUAUAAAGAAAUUGCUAUAACCAAUGGCUGUAUCAACAGAAUGACCAGAGAUGAGCUCAGAAGUAAACUUGCAGAGUUCAAGCUUGAAACCAGGGGAGUGAAAGAUGUGCUGAAAAAGAGACUGAAAAACUAUUAUAAGAAACAGAAGCUGAUGCAGAAAGAACCUGUUAAUGGAGACAGCUACUAUGACUACAUCUGUGUUGUUGACUUUGAAGCAACUUGUGAAGAAGGAAACCCACCUGAAUUCAUACAUGAAAUAAUUGAGUUUCCUCUUGUCUUACUAAACACACAUACCCUGGAAAUAGAGGAUACCUUUCAGCAAUAUGUGAAGCCAGAAAUGAAUCCCAAGCUUUCAAACUUCUGCAUCAGUCUGACAGGAAUCACCCAGGACAUUGUUGAUAAAGCUGAUACAUUUCCUCAAGUUCUGCAGAAUGUCAUAGAGUGGAUGAGACAGCGAGAACUGGGAACAAAGUAUAGUUAUACCAUGUUGACAGAUGGAUCUUGGGAUAUGAGUAAGUUUUUGAGCACCCAGUGCCGUAUUAGCCAUAUCAAAUACCCUUCUUUUGCCAAAAAGUGGAUCAAUAUUCGCAAAUCAUAUGGGAACUUCUAUAAGGUUCCUAGGAAGCAGACCAAACUGACAAUCAUGCUUGAACAGCUGGGCAUGGAUUAUGAUGGGAGACCUCACAGCGGACUUGAUGACUCCAAAAACAUUGCAAGGAUAGCUAUAAGGAUGCUGCAGGAUGGCUGUGAACUACGGGUGAAUGAGAGAAUGCAUGCUGGACAGCUUAUGACAGUCUCUUCCUCAGCCCCCUUAGAGGGAGCCCCUGCUCCACAGAUGCCACGAUACAGAAACUAGUAUUUGGGAGGUUCUGCCUUAGGAACUGCUCUCAGACACCUGCUAAAGACUCUUAAGAGCUUAUUAAACAGCCACCUCUGCCAGCCUGUCUGCAGUGCAGAAGCUGAAAGCACCUUAACUAAUCGUCUCUCUUGGAAUAAAGAGUGUGGAAGCUCUUUGAAGCCUGUGUGACAGCAUUUUUUUUAUACUGAUGAUUUUUUGUUGUUGUUGUUUGCAGCUUUUCUAGCAGUAAGGUUGAUAUGCAGAAUCCAGGCAAAGUGUUAAGCUUUUAAGAAAAUGUAAUUUAAAAACAUGCAAAGAUCAAUUGGGCCUGUGCGCUGCUGUUCCACCCCAGCCUGUGGGUAGUAUUUAUUCACUAUGCCGUACUCUGCUAUCUAGCAUCUAAUUAUUCAUUGCACACAAAUAAGAUAUUGCUGGAAGAACUGAAACAGCGAACAGUAGUGGUCGAGCUGGCCUUUCCUGAUAAGGCACUCUUCUAAGGGUUCCUGUUAGUAAUUUUUUUUAAUUUUUUUUUUAUUACGAAGUCUAGGAGAAAUGGGAGCAUGUCCAUUAUUUCUAAAGCAGUAGAGAAGUACUGUGUUUGGUUUUUUUUUUUUACCUUUAAGAGAUAUGUUUGCUUCUCCAUCAAAUAGAAGAGCUGUGUAUUGAAUAAAAAAUCCAUUAAUGCAGUAUAAUAGUAAUUUUUUUAACCUGUACUUAAAAAGCGAAGGUUCUUUAGGUUUAGAUUUUCACUUUGAGGAUCUCCCGCUACACUUCAUUUAAUGUUGCUUUUGGAUGCUUUCAGCCAUUUGGACUUAAAAAGAAUGAAGUAAAACCAAGUUCAAAACAUGCCAGAUUGUCAAAAUUUUGCACGAUGUGAUUAUUAUGUAAAACAAAAAAAGAAGCCUCUAGUUCAUAGUUAAGACAUGCUCAACUAUUUUUGGUACCUUCCCAUACCUCUGCCACCAUGAAGCUGUGCCUUUAUCUCAAAAUCUAACACUGGAAGAUUAAUACACUUUUAUUAGUAAAGGCCACAUCUAAUUAUUAUCAACUUAUGCUUUCUUCCUAGGCCUCAGAUAAGAAGUUAUUCUCAAGAGGCCAAAGUGUUGAUUUGCUUUGUUUCCAGGGGGUGUUAUGAAGUGCAACAUUAAUCUGAUCAGCUUUGCAUUAGAAUGGCUUGUUCUGAAAAGGAGAAUGAUGUAUUUUGGUUGCUCUUAGUAAAAAAAAAAAAAAAAAAAGUUAGUUUGGUAUCCCUGUAUUAUAAUUAAUUCUUUCCACAGUCAGAAAGCAAAAUAACCAAUUCAUAAUAAAGCUUUGUUGAGAACAUUCACUGUUUGACUAAUCAAACUCCUCCCAGCUCCCUUUCCUCUUCUGACUGUUAAAUCGGAUCAAUGAAAACGUGGAAACUUAAAUUCAUGUAAGAGAGAGAAGUAUCGGUCAAUUCUCAGUUGUUUCAUAUGUAGGAAGGAAGCAGUUUUCUUUCCAGAGUCAGAGAUUUAAGCAGCCACAGCUGCUUUAGAUUUAUGUUCAUAUUUUUUCUGAAAGUAAAUACUUGUUCUACUUGGAGAGUUUUGAACUUUACAGUUUCCUUUCUUUGUGUAGCAGUACUUGAUGUAUUUUCAAAAGGGUAAAAUCCUCUGAUAUACUUUGAAAAUACCAUUUGUUUGUCAGCCCAUAUUUUGUACAAAUCAUUCAUUAAAUAUUUGCU